GGUGCUCGAGCGGAAUCCGGGUGGCUCCAGGCGGCAGCAGCAGCGGCUGCAGGGCCGGGGUCGCGGCCGGGGCCACACCGCAGCAAAUUCGGAGGCCGAACCCUGGGCUCUAAGGAUUUCAGGCCUCCCCCCUAAGGAGAUUCCUUCCAAGAUGGCAUCAGCUGGAGACGCCACUGCAGGCCCACGGGAUGCAGCAGACCAGAACUUCGACUACAUGUUCAAACUACUACUCAUUGGCAAUAGUAGUGUGGGCAAGACAUCCUUUUUGUUCCGUUAUGCUGAUGACUCCUUCACGCCCGCCUUCGUCAGCACUGUGGGCAUUGACUUCAAGGUCAAGACUGUCUACCGCCAUGACAAAAGGAUCAAGCUACAGAUCUGGGACACAGCGGGCCAGGAGCGCUACCGUACAAUCACCACCACCUACUACCGAGGAGCCAUGGGUUUCCUGCUUAUGUACGAUGUUGCCAAUCAGGAGUCCUUUACAGCUGUGCAAGACUGGGCCACGCAGAUCAAGACCUACUCCUGGGACAAUGCCCAGGUCAUCCUCGUGGGGAACAAGUGUGACCUAGAAGACGAGCGUGUUGUGCCUGCUGAGGAUGGCCGAAGGCUCGCCAACGACCUGGGUUUUGAGUUCUUUGAGGCCAGCGCCAAGGAGAACAUCAAUGUGAAGCAGGUGUUUGAGCGCCUGGUGGAUGUCAUCUGUGAGAAGAUGAAUGAGUCUCUGGAACCCAGCUGCAGCCCAGGCAGCAAUGGGAAAGGCCCAGCCCUAGGGGACACUCCUCCCCCACAGCCCAGCAGCUGUAGCUGCUAGAAAUGGUCCCCACCCCUCCACCCCCACCAACUUACUCCUAUCUCACAGGGACUAUGAUACAGGCUUGAGCCACAAAGACUGUCUUCAAGCUCAGGGUGACCCCUCCUUCCCUCCUGUCAGCUGCCCCCAGGUCCCGCAUGGCUAACUCAUUGCCUGCCUGCUUGGGUAGCCCAGACCAGAGUCCAUAGACCCUGGGGACUCAACUGUGCUUUGCAGGCAAAGGCCUGAGGACAGUGACAUGCACCAGUUUGCUGCUUUUCAAGGUAUAUUUAGGAGUAUAGCCAUGGGUGGCAUGUCCCACCUUGCCUUGGUGGAAAGGCAUGCUCAAUGCCUUCUAAGUUAGAACCAUUUUCCCUGCUCAGCCUGUAGCACAAUAGUUACAUUGCCAGCCACAUACACUGAAGGUGGAAGGUUCAAACCUGACCCAGGCCAGCUAAAC